CCAGCGGCGAAGGGAGAAAGAGACGCGCCGAGAGCACCCCGCACGCUGCAUUCGUGAUCCGUUCGUUUCGCACCGAGGAUGUGUCGCGCAAGUGCUUCGUACGCUCCGCGGUGGUGGGCCCUCGUUGCCGCAGGCUUGGCCGUCGCGGCCUUCUGUCACGCGCUCGAGCAGGAUGACGGCACCGACAACGCCACAGAUUCCUGUCCACCCAUUCCAAACUGCGGUAUCGGAUACACGUGCAAAGUUGUGAAGCACCCGGACAACUGCCCUAUCUGCAAAUGCGUGCCCUGCGAUGACAAGCCAUGCGUGCCGAAGGAAGGCUUCGGCUGCACCUCGAUCCAGAUGGCCACCGGUUGCCGUAUGUGCCGCUGUCUGCCCUGCAAGGACCUCAAGAGCUGCGAGGCACCCUGCACCAAGACCCGCAACUCUGCCGGCUGCCCCGUCUGUGACUGUCCCGGCACCAAGGGACCCUUCCCCACGACAGCCGGCAACCCCGAAGUCGAGAGCAUGCCUUUCGACUACCAGAACGACGCCGAGAACAGCUUCGACCCAUGAGACGGGCAGAGUGUGCAGCGCGAGUCUGUUAGUCUUGACUUGGACUUGGAGGCGCUGUGCUUCGACUGAGUGGGGCCCGGCUUGUGGACCUUCGUCGUAUUAAUACUCCUUGCGGAGACGGUGUAGUAGCAUUCACAAAAGCUUUGUGCUACUCGUCUUCUUGAAACGUAGGCACAAGGAACCAAGCUGAGUGUGUGUGGCUCGCACCAAUGGGUUGAGCGCAGCUGGACACAAAACAGUGUGUUGAAACGCUUCAGCUUAAGGUAUACUUAACGCAAUGCUGCCCAGUGCGAGAAGCUUCCGCAUAACUCGGGUGUGUUUUUAUCGAGAGCCAAACUUUUCCAGAAAUCCAGGCGCACAAGACGCUCCGUACGUCAUCUGGCCAUAUAGCAUUGCCUUUUGUCUAGCUUAAGCUGAGGUACUCAAACGCGUCACUGGAACGUCAUCGAGGCGUGCACGUUCAAAACAUAAACCGUUCCUCGGAUGCUUUAUCUAACGCGACGAGAACCGACGUGGGAAAUGCUUUCCUACGUGUGUAUCAAUACGAGGUCAAAACCGGAGGUCAAGACUCACGUUGGCCACGCUUUGAAAGAUGUUUCCAACGAGAAAGAUUUGAGUAUCACACGUGCUACAUCUGACCAGGCGGCAACCGGCGCUGGACGCUGGUUGCUUCACCUUCCAUCCUCACCACCACAUCCCACAUUGCUGAAGUAGCAACCGAUGAACUGAAACACGUAAAUCUACGCUGCUUACUUAUCAGCGUCACCUAAUGGUACGCGGCAGAUAAAGGCUUACACGUCAUGGAUGAAACUUCUUGAACGAUUCUCAACAAAAGAAGACAAACAGUGUUUUGUGCGGAAACCAUCAGAGAGUGCACUAUGUUUCCUUUCGUGUAUAUCUGCAUGCGUAAGCGUGGAAGCUGCAAAGAAGGCUCCAAUAUACAAUGAACGAGCGGAAGCUUCAAGGUACACCUGACUAAAGUCGCUUUAGGAACGACUAGGCCGAAUUCAUCUGAACCACACUGUGCACAAUGAUGGUCCUUCCUUCUUCAGCUUCAUUUUGUUAGGUGCAGCAGCGAGAUGGUGAAACUCUGUAUAUGAAGUCAUGCAGGCGAAUACUACUUGCGAUCUGUGCAAUGCAAUAUUACCUGCACUAGCAGAGGUAUAGCCACCGUGGAGAGUAGUCAACACAUGAAAGAAUUUCAGUCCUAAGUGUCAAGGCAUGCCCAGCACUGUUUUUACACUUUGCGAAAAGUUCAUACGUGAAACACGAAGCACAACGUGAAACACGAAAGUACGCUUCGAGUACCAACAAAACAUAUUGUUGCACUGACAUUGCUUCUAGGCACUGAGCUUCAUGAUCGUCGUUUUGAAUAUUCGGCUUAUUUAGAAGCUUCCGCAGAAGCCAUUGAAGAGGGAAGAGGGAAGCUGCACUAAAUUGUGUCUAAUGUUACUUCAGCUUUAAGUACAAACUCACGUCAUGUAGAGCUUGAUGGCUAUCUCUUCCCCGUUCACUGUACACUCAAUCGAUGAUGAUGUGAAGUGGUUGUUAUGGCUGCACACCUGAAGUGUUUGGAAUAAGAUUUUACCAGCAAGCCAAAGUACUGUAUUUUCGAGAUGUCCAGCUUGAUGUUCACGUCCGUGAAGUGGUGAUGUUCAUCCUUUUACCCCUCCCGGCCAACCGCCAGAUUUGAAAGUUCGAACAGCUUCAGCCAAAUUUGCAGAGUAGCUUGAUAUGAUAACGGUUUGUACAGGUUGGAAUUUACGUAUCACAGUGUAAUUUGUCGCAGCAUGUUGACAAUGAACUUGUCUAUGUCUCGAUCUGCGAGAGCUACAAUGUGACAUGACGCGCAUCGUGUGAAGGCUUGAUGCUCUUUCGUAGCCAUCCAUUGAUAGCCUGCAAUAUUGUGUAUUAAACUUCUCAAGCGAACUUUGCAAUAUAGACGACGCGAUGAAAAACGUGCAAGGCACAUUACCAGCGCCCCAAAAGUAGUUUCCUUUAUGUUGUUUUUUCCCCUUUCAAACGCCAAAGUACCUUUCGGAGAUAUUCAUUAAAUGAUGUCAAUACAAUGAA